GUGGUACACCUGACGAGUCAGGGCGAGCCGGUACUGAGUGUGGCCGCCAGUGGCUUAAAAUCUGUGCUCGGCAUCGACCGCUUCGGGGACCUCAUCCCUGACCUCACGGAAGACAAGAAGGCCCAGCGGGCGUCGAUGAGCGGUGUGGUCAAGAUGCCGCACCGGGAACGCUUGGCCGGUGUGAGGAGGUGCCUUGUCGAGUUGGAAGAGGACCUCGGACAGAGAAUACCUCCGGGCCAUUCCCAGACGCUGACCCGGGAACUG